AUGGAGACCAACAUAUCAUCCAGCUAUAGACGUUGCGCAAGCUCGUUGGAAAAAACCAUAGCCAACAAGGAUCUCGAAGCAGAAGCAUCAUCUGUGCCACUGGCGCUUUGGGAGGAUGUCCUCGUUAGGCUCAAGCUUUUCGCCAGUAAGAUCGGUGCUCAUCAGACUGGAACAAUGUCUCUAGACUACCGACUUCGGGAGGCUACCCAUCUGCGCGACAGGUUGCUCAAGACUUUGUCUAGUAUAGACAAUGCCAUUGAAGACAUGAAUGAGAUAAUAGCGUCUCGAUAUCUGUCCUCGGAUAACGAGGAGUUCAUGUCAGCAGAAGAACGAUGCAAUCAGCUACGUGACGUGUAUAACACUCUUCAAACGCUUGUGGAUUCUAUGUUUCACUUAUCGAUGACCAUCAGAAAACCUGGUCGUGUUCAGAGAAUUCAGAACUUCGGCGAAGAAGCUGAAAGUGAAACGAGUUUCCUGAACAGCCUGGACUUGCGUCGAAUAACAGAUAACUUCCCCUAUGCUAGCAUUGUUCUACGGCAACGCCUCACAACUGCUACGGCACGGAGACGGAAGACUUUGAAGUAUCUUGAAAGACGGCAUCACAAAUUGCAGAAAGGUAUUGAUGGAGGAGAUGACGAAGAAGGGUCCACCGUCCUCUCUUCCCUCGUGGCGACGGCUCUUGUGGAGAAUGAUCUCGAACAUCAAACAUCAAAAUCAGAUAUUGGUGGUUCCGAGACAUCCUUCGGGACGUCGCUUUUCAGCAGCAGCAACCGCCGCACCAUUCCACCUCCACCUGAAGCCAGCCAUGAUGGCAAACCUUUUGAAUGUCUAUACUGUUUUUAUAUUAUUCGAAUAUCAUGA